ACCAGUGUGAAAGAGGGACUGUUGCUGAAACAGACAAGUUCAUUCCAGAGGUGGAAAAAACGCUAUUUCAAACUGAGAGGACGCACACUUUACUAUGCCAAAGAUGCUAAGGUAGGACACACACACACACACACACACACAGUCAGAAAAACUAUUAACUGUCUCUCACUGACUCCCAUAUUAGCCUAGUUUAGAGGCCCAGCAAAAGCACAUGACAGAUAGCCACCCUAUAUAGAGAGCAAAAGUAAUCACGUCUCUCUGUAUGCACUAACUCUGCCAUGGUUUGUUGAACAAAGCCUAUGGAAAAGUUAAUGGAGUUUUUGUAGGGUUUUUGGAUAAACACCGAAAAUAAACACAGACUUAAGAGAUCUUGAAAAAUUUAUGCACUCACCUAACUAACUGUAAGUCGCUCUGGAUAAGAGCGUCUGCUAAAUGACUAAAAUGUCAAAUGUAAUCUUAUAAAAAAUGUCUAUGAGAUAAUCUUCAUCAGCCAAGGUCACUUUUUGUGAAUUUUGAAGCAUUUAUGUAAUCAAAAAAAGCACAUAAAGCAGAUAAAGGCUUCAUAAUUCAUAAAGGUCAUGUUAAAUGACUGAUAUUAUCUCAUAGAACAAAACGUAUAAAAUCUCCAGAGCCUGUGUUAACCUCAGACCUGAUUUUCUGUGUUUAUCCCAAAACCCUAUACUUUCCCCAUUCAUUUUCCCCAUAUGGAUGGCUGAACAAACCAGAGGUAACUAAUUUCCGUGUUUUAGGACUACAAGCUGGCGAGCUCUAUGUCACAGCCUUUGCUAGUUGAACCAGGUGUGUUAAUGCAGGGUUGGAACAAGAGACAGCAACACAUCCUGUAGCUCUCCAGGACCAGGGUUGAAGACUGCCCUUACCCCUAACUAUAUACUCAGAACCCCUAUCCCAAAAACGUCUUACCCCUCUACCCUUAACCCUGACUUCCCUCUCCUGCUGCUGGCAGCCUGCCAAACCUUUACCCCUAACCCACAUAACAUCUAACUUUCUUACCCCCAGAACUAACCCUCAUAAUUGUUUUCCCUAACUCUCUGACCCAGAACCGCAUAACCCCUAACCCCAUUACCUCCAUAACCCCAGACCCAAACCCUCCCCCUUGGCUCGUUGGCAGGAGUCCUGCAACUUAAUAUAAUAUAUAAUAUAAUAUAUAAUAUAUUAUGCCAUUUAGCAGACGCUUUUAUCCAAAGCAACUUACAGUCAUGUGUGCAUACAUUUUUUUUAACGUAUGGGUGGUCCCAGGGAUCGAACCCACUACCCUGGCGUUACAAGCGCCAUGCUCUACCAAUUGAGCUACAGAGGACCACAACUUAACCCGUUACCUCUAAUCCUAGCUUCCAGUCUUUCUAACCACCCUCUCCUGCACUUCCCUAUGCUGUGGCAGUCUGGCAUUCCAUUUAACCCCUAACCUCUAACCCCAACCCCUGACCUCUCAGACUGGCAGUGUCCUGGCCCGGUGGCAGGAGCGGGCACUGCGCAGCGUUUCCAGGAGUCGUGUAUGUUGGAGGGUUCUGUCCGUGUGCUGGGCAGGGCCUCGCCGCACUCCACCGUCUAGCGGAUCCGAAGAAGGUCUGAUGUCAAUACGGGUCAGCUGCAGCGCCACGACCGGACCACCUUAGUACCAUUCCAUCCUCGCUCAGCCCACCCGUAGACUCUGAUUUAAACCUCUAGACUCCAAUUUAAGGCUCUUUACUCACUUUGAAGGCAUUAGGCUCUAGACUUUAAGGCUGUAACGUCAGUCCUCGAGGGCUACAGUCCUGCUGGUCUUGACAUUUAUUCCUGUCUCUUCUAUUGGGUCAAUGAAUAUGUCUGAUUAGCUAAAGAGUCAACAUAACAUUUUUGGACAGGUGUACCUCAGGUAAACAAGCAAGACACUGUGGCCCACAGAGGACCAGAGUUUGACCACCUGCUCCAGAACUACAGGCUACCCCCCUCCCCCUCUACAUCCGCUAUGUUGCCGUGUUCACUCCGGCAUCGCCUAGAAAGCCUGUUUGCUCUGGCAUUGCUUAGGAGUCUGUUCAUGCUUAGAAAGCCUUCUUUCUACAUUACUCCCUCAUGGAUGCGUAUCAAUGGUCUAAAGUGGCCUCCUCUCCUCUGCUAUCUCCUGUCCUCUCUUCUCUCUCCCCUAUUUUCUUCCUAAGAACUGCUCUUUCUCAAUGGGACAGUAGAUUAGGAUUGGUCAGGACCCUGGUCCUGGGGAGCUGCAGUCAGGUGUGCAGGCUUUUGUUCAAAUGCAGCACUAAAAUCUGAUUCCCAUCCAGGACCAGGACUGUUGUAGAUCAGGGUGGUAAUCAUUAGGGCACGCAACUUGAAAAAUGUGCAGUAGCCGUUCCCUGGUUCUGUUCGUUUUCUUCUGUUUGGUGCCUAAUGAACAUGACCCAAGAGAUUAGAACAGGAGAGGAAGCCACCUGAGGUUAUUGAGAUGCAGGCUAGGAGCUUUGCUCCUGUCUUGUGGGAGAAACUUACCUCACUUCCACUGUCCAGACCACCUCCACUCUGUCCUGUCCGUCCUCUACAUGUCUAUCCCUCUGUCUGCUGGCCUGCUAGGGGGCACUGUGCAGCCAGGUGCUUUGUUUCAUCAUCACAAUGCAACCACAGAGACUCCCUUGACAAACAUCUCUUUCUAUAGGCCUAGAACUUUCUAUAUGGAACAGCUAGCUCGCUAGCUAAUGGACAGUGUUUUGGCCUGAGUUGAUUCUCAGCUCUACCCUCUUAUCUCUGUCCAUGACAUUCAGUCCUAAAGUCUAGGGGUUAAAUUGGGACUAGGAGUCAGUAUGCACUAAUGUCACGCCAUUGCUACACACAGCUUUCACGACGAUGCCAGAGAGCGAGAUAAACAUUCAACAUCCAUACUCACCUUUACCUAGACCCUGUUCCAAUACGUCCAAAAUCCAACCUUCUUUCUUCCUUUCCUCGAAGUAAUUGGAUUGGUUGAAGGGUUUCACUUAUCCAAUCACAUACAGAUUAAUGACUAGAUCAAAGGGGGAGGAAAGAAGGGUUCCUAAGUAUUUGAACAGGGCCUUAGUCUACACCGUCUCUGAGUAAUGAAUGUCUACUUACAGUUGUCACAUGGCUCAAUAGUGAAUGAUCCUGCUGUGUGUUAGUUUAUAAGGAUGGUGUGUGUGUGUGUGUGUGUGCUUGAGUGUGUAUACAUGUGUGUGUGUUUGUCAUUGCUGAGACCUCAAACAGACUCACACACGUACACGCGAUAGAAGCCAUGUCAUGACAGCCAAGAGUGCUUGAAGAGGGGGCAAUGUUUAUGCUGGCAUGCCACACACAAUCUCUCAGAACCCCACUGCCCACACACACACACACUCUGGCUAGUGUCCCCAUCCUGCUCUUAAACCAUCCCUGGAGAGUGUCAUAAACAGGGCAUUUCUCUGACAGCUGCAGCCUUUAAGGACACACACACACACACACUAGGGGCAUUCCUCUACUAUAACAGCGGCAGCUGCACUGUAGUUGGCCUCCAGCCCUUUUAAGAGCUCAGCAGCAGGGCAGGCAGUAGUGAUGUCAUCAUCCGGCAGGUUGUGUGUUUGGAUAUCACGUUCCUAUUAGCAGGUCCUGGCUCGUCUGCUCUCUACUGACUGACUGACUGAAUGGGGUUGUUCCAACAUUGACUUAAUCUGGUCUCAUUCAUUGUGUGUGUGUGUCACUCAGUAGUAGCAGUGUGUUUGAGUCUGUGCCAGAGGUGGGAUAAAUAACAGCUAUUCUUCAAUCUACGCCAUCAGCUCUACAGUUAGUUGGCCUACGUUGAAUUCAUCAAGAUCAUCAUUAUUAUGGUUCUUUGGCCUGCUUCUUAUUACUAUUACAAUAGACAUAAGGCUCAUUAUAGCUCCUCAUAUAGAACAUAUAAUAAUGCAUAAUGCUUAUAGCAGUUCAUAUAACACAGGAAUGGCCAACCUUCCUCCUGGAGUGCUGUACUGGGUGUGCAGGCUUUUGAUCCAGCCCUGCGCCAACACCCCAGAUAAAACUUAUUAAGGUCCUGACGAGCAGCUGAUUAGCUGAAUCAGAGGUGUUAAAGCAGGGCUGGAGCAAAACCCUGCACACCUAGUAGGAAGGUUACCUACCCCUGAUAUAACAUAUGAUCAUGUAUAAUGCUUAUAGCUCUUCAUACAGAGUAAGUAUAUGAUACUGCAUGAUGUCAGUCUGUUGCCCAAUUAUUGGCAAAAUAGCUGAUCUGAUUGGUCGAAAGUCCAAUUAUUGAAAAAAAUAUCUGAAUUGGGCUGCCUGUGUAAACACAGCCUAAGAUUCAGGGUUGUGGUCAGUUUUAUUUCUAUUCAUUAGGGAUUGAAUCUUAAGAUCAGAUGUUUAAGUGUUUUUAACUCAAGACUUUAUGUAAAUUGUGCAUUGUGAUCUAUAGGGAAAUGUGCACAGACAUUGUAGUGGUGUGCACAGCUCUCAAGUCAUUAUAAUUUCAAAUUUUAUUUUUAUUUUUUGGUCUAGGUCAGUUAAGAUUGACCCCAGCCCUGAAGUCAUUAUUUAAGAUAAGGCUCCCAUAGAACACCCUUCAUAGUAGUCAAGGGUUAAGAUAAGAGAUGUUUUGUGUAUUAGCAUUUUGUGUGUUUUAUCAUACUCAGAGUACUCAAUCUGUUGUUCUGUUUGGUCUACCUCCUCUCCUACAGUCUCUGAUAUUUGAUGAGGUGGACCUAUCAGAUGCCAGCGUGGCUGAGUCCAGCACUAAGAAUGUCAACAACAGCUUCACG